AUGGCAUCAAAGAGUUCAGACAAACAAUUCAUGUUAUCCGAGAAAGAAUUUAACAGCAUGGCUUUUGAUAAUGCAAUGAUGAUAAAUUCUCAAGAUAUUGAUAAUAUAUAUGACAGAAAUAUGGAAAAAAUUAAUCUUUCAGAAAUCAAACCAAAUCAAUCAACAAUAAAGAGAGCUGAUCCAGAUCAAUAUAGUUGUUGGAGUCGAUUCACUCAUUGUUUACGAGGUGCAUGGGCAACAAGAUUAACGGAAGACACUAGUGGGAAUCGUGAAUUGUACAUCCAUACAACACUCAGAGAAUUGAUUAUCUAUGUGUUCUUUUUGGCUACUCUUAUGAUUGUUGCUUAUGGACCAUUCAAUUCGAAUACGUAUCUACUCACAAGUAGUAUGCAAAAUACAUUUCUUACAAAUCAAGUGCCUAAUGGGACAGAUGCAUUGAAUAAUGUCAAUACAUUUGAUAGUUUAUGGUCGGUAAUAAAAGGACCGAUUAUGGACAGUUGGUAUACUGAUUCAUGGUAUAACUCUCAACCAUUCGUAUCUGAAAAUAAUUUAACUCUGUUAUAUCAAAAUCGUUUAAUUGGUGUACCACGCUUACGGCAGUUACGUGUAGCCUCCAACUCGUGCGCUGUUCCAGUCUACUUCUCUAAUGAUAUAAAAGAAUGCUUUGCUGAAUAUCAUGAAUCAAAUGAGGAUAAAACACCGUUUGGACUGAAAGUUGAUACAGCAUGGACUUAUACAUCAUCGCAACAAUUAGGUAUGUCAACAUUUUGGGGUUCAGUUGGACUUUACAGUGGCGGUGGCUACUAUGUGGACUUAUCACGUAAUCGAAAUAAUGCAAGUAGUCAGUUGGAUACGCUAUUUCAAAAUUUAUGGUUAGACAGAGGCACAAGAGUGAUAUUUCUACACUUUACAACAUAUAAUGCAAAUAUGAAUUUAUUCUGCGUUGCUGAAAUCGCUAUUGAGGCUCCGCCAUCAGGAGGUCUAACAAUCUCAAAUGAAUUCCGUACAAUAAAACUUCUGCGUUAUGUAACACCAUUUGACUAUUUUGUAUUGUCAUGUGAAUGUACAUUCAUGAUGUUUGUGGUCUAUUACAUAAUAGAAGAAAUUAUGGAAAUUAAACGGCAUAAAUGGAGUUAUUUCGCUUCAGUAUGGAAUUGUCUAGAUAUUGUAAUCAUUAUUAUCAGUAUGGUGUGUUGUGCAUUCAAUAUCUAUCGAACAAUCAAUGUGCUUAAUUUACUCGAAGAAGUAUUACAAAAUCCAAAUAUAUUUGCUAAUUUCCAAUUGUUAAGUAUUUGGCAAGUGAAUUUCAAUUAUGCUAUCUCAUUCACUGUAUUUCUAGCCUGGGUUAAGUUGUUUAAAUAUAUCAGCUUUAAUAAGACAAUGACACAAUUGAGUUCAACAUUGGGAAGUUGUGCUAAAGAUUUAGCUGGUUUUGCGAUCAUGUUCUUUAUUGUUUUCUUUUCAUUUGCCCAACUUGGUUAUCUGGCCUUUGGUACACAAGCAAAAGAUUUCAGUUCAUUUAUGACAACUGUCUUUACUCUCUUUCGAAUCAUCUUGGGAGAUUUUGACUUCAAUGCAUUACAAACAGCGAAUAGAGUAUUUGGUCCAAUCUAUUUUAUCGUCUAUGUAUUCUUCGUCUUUUUUGUUCUUAUCAAUAUGUUCAUUGCUAUUAUCAAUGAAACUUAUUCAUCAGUUAAAUCUGACCUGGAAAAACAACCAAAUGAAUUUGAAAUGAAAGAUUUUUUAAAAGAUCGAAUGCAAAAUAUGCUACAAAAAAUGAAGAUAAAGAAGAAACGAAUUGAAAAUAUUCAAAAAGCACUUGAAUUAUCUGAUCUGGGAAAAGGUGGACAAGUAGACUUUGAAGUGUUAAGGAAUCAUUUGAAGGCUAAAGGUUUUAGUGAUGAUGAAAUUAAAACAGUUUUUGAACAAUUUGAUGUGAAUAAAGAUAAUACACUAUCACAAGCAGAACAAUUGAAGAUGAAAGCAGAAUUAGAAGAACAAAAGAUUGCUUUAGUCUCUGAAUUAGCUAAAGAAGAAAAAUUAGAUUUAACUGCAAUUGAAUCCAAAGGAAUCGAGUCAAUCAAACCACCACAAGUGAAAUUAGAAGUGAAACAAGGCGAAUUUAUGCAGCUGUAUAAACGUGUCAAUCGUAUCGAGAAUGGAAUGGGUCAAGUGAUUGGUCAUAUUGAAGAUGUAUUAAAAGCGCUAGCAUUAAUUGAAAAAGCCAAAGUGAUACGUAGAGAAACAAUGACACAAUUUCUACAAACAAUUAUUGCAAGUAGUCCACAAGAUAGAGGUGAUCACAUGGAUGAUAUUAUUCAAGCAGGAUUAGAUAAUAUGAACAGUACUGUGGAUUUAAAAAACAACUAA